GGCGGCGGCGGCGGCCGGAGGGACGAUGAGCGGCGCGGCGCGGGCGGGCCCGGCCCGGCUCGCGGCGCUGGCACUGCUGACCUGCAGCCUGUGGCCGACGCGGGCGGACAACGCGAGUCAGGAGUACUACACGGCGCUCAUCAACGUGACGGUGCAGGAGCCCGGCCGCGGCACCCCGCUCACGUUCCGCAUCGACCGCGGGCGCUACGGGCUCGACUCACCCAAGGCCGAGGUCCGCGGCCAGGUGCUGGCACCGCUGCCCAUCCACGGAGUUGCUGAUCAUUUGGGCUGUGAUCCUCAAACACGGUUCCUUGUCCCUCCUAAUAUCAAACAGUGGAUCGCCUUGCUGCAAAGAGGAAAUUGUACCUUUAAAGAGAAAAUAUCACGGGCUGCUUUCCACAAUGCGGUUGCUGUAGUCAUCUACAAUAAUAAAUCCAAGGAGGAGCCGGUCACCAUGACUCAUCCAGGCACGGGAGAUAUUAUUGCUGUCAUGAUAACAGAAUUGAGGGGUAAGGAUAUUUUGAGUUAUCUGGAGAAAAACAUCUCUGUACAAAUGACAAUAGCUGUUGGAACUCGAAUGCCGCCAAAGAACUUCAGCCGUGGCUCUCUAGUCUUCGUGUCAAUAUCCUUUAUUGUUUUGAUGAUUAUUUCUUCAGCGUGGCUCAUAUUCUACUUCAUUCAGAAGAUCAGGUACACAAAUGCUCGCGACAGGAACCAGCGUCGUCUUGGAGACGCAGCCAAGAAAGCCAUCAGUAAAUUGACAACUAGAACGGUGAAAAAAGGCGAUAAGGAGACAGACCCAGACUUCGAUCACUGUGCAGUCUGCAUAGAGAGCUAUAAGCAGAAUGAUGUUGUUCGGGUUCUCCCCUGCAAGCAUGUUUUCCACAAAUCAUGUGUGGAUCCCUGGCUUAGUGAACACUGUACCUGUCCUAUGUGCAAACUUAAUAUUUUGAAAGCCCUAGGAAUUGUGCCAAAUCUGCCAUGUACUGAUAAUGUAGCAUUUGAUAUGGAAAGGCUCACCAGAACCCAAGCAGUUAACCGAAGAUCAGCCCUCGGGGACCUUGCCAGCGACAGUUCCCUUGGCCUUGAGCCACUGAGAACUUCGGGCAUAUCGCCUCUUCCUCAAGAUGGGGAGCUCACUCCUAGGACGGGUGAAAUCAACAUUGCAGUAACAAGUGGGCGCUUCUUUCGCCGGAACUCCCUGUCACCUCGCAGCCUGGUGUACGAAAGUGAAUUCUCCACCAUCGAACCAUCCUUGGACAUGUAUGAUGAGAACAAAACCUGAUUGUUUUUUAAAUGGGCUGCUGGGGGUCUCUCCUUUUGAGAUUUAAUUUAUGGUCACCUUUCUUUUGUAUUUUUCUGUCAUCGUCCGUUUUGGAAGAAUGGCAGUACCUCUGGGUGCAAGUUGGGGUUCAGAGUUAAAUUGCAGAGUUCCCCCAAGGUGAGGUUUGAGGACAGCAUUAUUGCCCAGAUGAGCCUCAUGGUACUGACUACCCACCCAGAGCCAACCACUGAGCAUGGGCACCCCAUGACCCUUGCCGUUUCCAGAGAAGAGAUGGGGCCAGGAGCUAAUGAGGCGUUUGUUGCAAAUGUGUCCGUGUCCCCAAAUAGUCGCACGCUGUUCUGUGUCAGGGUGGCAUUGGGGUUUUGUAAAAUACAUUUGUGGUCCUCACAUGCACAUGAAAGCCUGCAGAUAAAAUGUCCCACCGAUGCAGAAUAUGAGUCUUGGACCCGCUUCACUUUGUCCUCUGUCUCUUACUGUAUUUCCCGGUAAAAGGCCUCUUCCUGUAGGGAGUCCUCCAAGAGAAGAUUCAUCUUCCUUUCACCCUCUAGACUCGGACAGCCUGUUUUCCUCCAGAGCUUGGAGGACACAGGCCACGGGGCCAGAGUCAGCUCUCACAGGAUCAGACAGUCAUCACUUUCCAGCAUCUGUGAUGAGCACGACAUAGGAUGACAAGUAUUUACACAGACACUAGACAUGGAAGGCAUCUGUCCCCACUGCCUGUGGUGUAUAUGGGGAGAUGGCACCAGGAGCCUAGCACGAUGACCACACGGGACAAGGUUAACAGUCAUCAACACCAGAAUAGUUUUGAAUGUUUUAUUGGGAAGUGCAAACCAACAUCCUAUGAAAUACCAAAUGGGGGACCCCUCUUCCAUCUUGAUUGUCUAGUCCAGUGCUAUCCUGCCAGCAUCAGCACCAACAUGAAGAAACACUGGAGUGCUGGCCGCCAGACUUUGAGAAGAGGAUGCUGUGGCCAGCAUGGUGGACACUGGGGACAUAUGUGCUCAUCCCACACAUCCAGAAUGACAUCAAGUUAACUAACAUAUGAGAAACGUACGGCCUACAGUAUGGGACCAGGAUGAGCAAGUCACCUCCUUUCUACAGAAGUUCAUGCCACAGUCGGCCUGCUUCUCACAGAGCUGUGAAGAUGGUCAGAUCCUGGUUAGGAGAAUGCAGCUCCAGCAUCCAGACACGUGUGUGACGCACAGGCAGGUGGGGAGGCUCCCAUCCUGUCACUGUUAUUGGCUCUGUGGGUCGUAGGUUUGAGGCAUGUGUGUGCCAUCUUCACACACGUGGCUGCUUCUGUCUCACAGCAUCUUGUAACAUGUGUCACUAAGAUCCCUCAGGUGCCCUCAGAGACCCUUAGUGCUGACCGCCUGUAAGAACCUGGUCGCAGGGGGAGCCCACAUACUUCGCUUGAGUAAUUUGAGGCUGGAGCAGGGCCGACCUCUAAGGUCCUAAUUGCUUCCACUCUUCACUGCUUACCAAGGGCUUUUGUCUUUCCUUUUUAUAGUCUUUGUACUAUAAAAAUAUUUUUGAUAAAGUUUCAGGAGAUUGCCAUUCUGAAAGACAGGUUCUCAGUGAGAGCAUUCUCAACAGGAGAGUAGACUGCCGAGGUCCAGAGGCCCGGGCGGAAGGGUUUGGUGUGGCAGACGAGGCAGAUGCUGUAAUUGUCAUGUUGUCCGUAGCCUAGCCUUGUCUUCUCCAUAACCAAAACUCAGAUCCCAGUGAAUCAUUUUCUUCAGGUCUCAACAGUCUUAUAAAGGCAAAUAUAUUAAAUUCCACUCUAGACAAUUUCUUUACGAAAAAAAAAAAAAAAAGGAAAGGAGAGGAACUGCUUGGGGGGAAAAAUAUUUAAAUUGAGUCUUCUAAAAUUCGACUGAGACAGUGUUUGAAUCCCUGGGAAAUCAGGGCAUGUGUUCGCUAUAGGACAUUCAAGGAGGCAGUCCUUAGGAGGGAAUUUACUCAGAAUAGUGCUCCAGACACCAGGUUGACCCCUUUUCCUGAAAACUCCAGAAUGUCCUGUGUUCAUCAGGAGGGGACUGGCUUCUUUGUUGAGGGCAUGUGCUUUGGGAGGACAGAAGAUAACGGCUUCCUGCCAGCAGCUGUGAUGAGGGGACUCCCGUGAAGCCACCCAGGUCUCCAGGUGGAGCUAGGUGCAGAACCAUUACCACACACGCCACAGAAGACACACCCAGCAGGAUCUACAGCCACAGGCAGCCUUAACUGUGGACUGCAGCAGCGUGAACACAAAGGCUUAAGCUUUCGAGAUGCCUAGCUCCCUGUGGAGGAGGCACUCUGGGCCAGUCACUUCCAGGAGAAAGGAGAGCUGACUGGCUGGAUGUCCAGGUGUGAAGCCUCCGGAGGGUCUCUGGAAGUAAUGAGUGUGUCCAUCCAGGGUCUUACCUUUGCUCCCCUCCUAGGAAAACAGGCUCUACCACCAACAGUUUAAAACUCUCUCCAAGGCCCCCACGCCUUGUUUUUGAGUCAGGCUCCAGCUCCUGGCCCCUCUUGUCAUUCCCUCACUGGAACAUCUACAAGGCACGUCCCUGAACGCCAGUCCGUCCGGUAGCUGAGUCUCUACUUCCCAACUGCCCUGAUGCGUGACAGCCCCAGAUGCCAAAAGACGUGGUCAGAAAGGCAUUAAGCAAAAGAUUACUGAAUCUUAUUAAUUGGUGCAUCCUACGGACUUUAUAAGUCUUCCCAGUUUUACACCCCUCGCCGGCAGGCACACUUUCACUGAUCUAUGUGCUAAAUGACACCGAAUUGAGGAAAAAUCCACAUGCCCUUUUGCUGUAGGGGACCUUGUUUGCUACAAGAACACAAGACUAUGAUUUUACAUCAGGGGUCCUCCCGACAAGGGAUCACUGCUCAUAAAUGUCAAGAAAGGAAGCUGCCAAAUUUAAGACCAGGAUCAUGGAGUUAGUUUUGUCAAUGGUUUGUUUUGAGACAGGGUUUCUCUGUGUAGCCCUGGCUGUCCUGGAACUCACUCUGUCGAUCAAGAUGGCCUUGAACUCAGAGAUCCUCCAGCCUCCUGAGUGCAGGGUUUAAAGGUUUUUGCCACUAGGCCCAGGCUGUUGACAGACUUUUUAUAAAGUUCUUAUUGUGUACCUGACUCGUGCACUUGGAGUUAAGAUGGAUUGGUAGUCAUGAAGACUUGGAGGGUGACGGUGCAUCUCAGUGGUCUGACACCUCAGCGCUUGAGCAUAUCUGCUGUCCUGCUAACUGGCAUGCUGGCAACAGUCCGCAGAGUGAGAGCCAUGAAAUGAGGUGGGUCUUUAGGAGACAGUUCCCAGAGCACAGGUGGAGGGCGGGCGUGCCUGCUGAGUAGGGGAAGGGCCCUGAGGAGGACCAGGAGUCAGGCAGGGGCCUUGGGUUGCAGCAGCUCCCCUUGUGGGGCAGGGGAAGCUCCAGAACUUUACUUGGAAAAAGAACACUGUGAGCAGUAGGCUGUGUAGGCAGGCCCUGUAGGGGGCUGACAUGCUAGCACUUGGCUUAGAACCAAGGGACCCCAGACUGAGCUGACUAAACAAGGGGCCUGUGAGAUAGAAGUGGGAGUCAGAUUUAUUUAUUUAUUUAUUGUUUAUUUCCUUCCUUCCUAUUCCCGCACCCCCCCCCCCACAGAGUUUCUUUGUGUAGCUGUGGCUGUCUUAGAACUUGCUCUGUACACUAGGCUGGCCUCUAACUCACGUAGAUCCACCUGCCUCUGCCUUCUGAGUGCUGGGACUAAAGGUGUGUGCACUGCCACCACCCAUCCUGGAAGCCAGAUUUCUAAUCUCAGUGAUUGGGUGAAUGUUGGUUGGGUCCAAAAGAGCCCAUAAAACCCAGCCCUGAUGUGGUCUCUACGUGAUCACAGUCCCUGGGAGGCGCUGUUUCUUCCCCUCUGCCACCCUGUGCAGAGGUUUGUGUACUAGGCACAUAUGCUCACCCUGGCAGAGGUGAGCCCUUAAUACCAAUGAUGGUGUCAGCCGGAGAGAAACUGGGCUAGGGAGCGUUGAUUGGUAGGGAUAGCAAACAGAAGAAGCUACUGGAGACACUAAUGUAGAAAAAUGAGUGUGAGUAAUUGCCCCAUUCAGGAAAGGUGGGCCUGCCAGCCCUCCUUCUCCAGUGAACAGAAUGGGAGGUCUGUGCGCUUAAACUCUAACAUGGCCCCUUGGAGAGGAGGUAGGAGGGAGUCAUUAUCACAGGGCAACUGUCCUGACACCACAGCUUAAAACAAGUGCCUUCUGCCCAGAUCCAGAUGAGGGCAGUGCUUACAGAAGUGCAUGGGGCCAGUCGGCAGUGGCGCAUGCCUUUGAUCCCAGCACUCAGGAGGCAGAGCCAGGCAGAUCUCUGUGAGUUCGAGGCCAGCCUGGGCUACAAAGUGAGAUCCAGGAGGCACCAAAACUACACAGAGAAACCCUGUCUCGAAAAACCAAAAAAAAAAAAAAAAAGUGCAUAGCAUUCUGCCUUGUUCGGGCCCUGUGGGUACAUCAUUCAAAAACUUUGGCACAGCCCCCAGUUAACUUGUCUGGAAAAGGAGGAGUAUAUAAGAUGCUUGGAUGUGGUUGAGGUCACUGCCAGACUGGAAAAAUGCCUUACAGGCUGUAAGUACUGUGACGUCAGAAAAGGAGCAGGAGUGGCGGGCACUAAGAUGCCUGUGUCUGUAGCACAGGACUCUGUUUGCCUGAGUGUAUCUGCAAACAGCAGGAGAAGCAAAGCUAAUGGACAGCUGCUCUGGCAGACUCCUUGCCUCUGACUGGCUGGCCCCUUGGCCCUUUGCAGAUCACAGUAUUUACAAGUCACACCAGCCUCGUGGAGCCUGGGUGGCAGGGGCUGAAGUUAGUGGUCAGGAGGUCCUUGUAGCCAAGGACCUCCUUCGGGGCUCUGGCAGGAUUGAUAGGUCCCACUCUUCUUUAUCAGUGACCCCAGAAAACUGACCUUUGAGGAAGACAGGCCAGGUGGGCCCUAGCAGGCCUGGAAUAAAAGCAGUCACUCGUGUCUUCCAGAGCUGUGACUCCACCAGCCUACAGUGACUGUAGAGGCAGAGGGGGCUAUCAGCCUCAGCUGCUAGAAGGGUGACAUUUCUGCAUUACACACAUGGUUCUUGGAGCUCUAAAGAGGCCCUGUGGAGGCUGCCUGUCCCUGAUUACCCUCCUGCAGCCCUCCACUCCAUAGGUUACACUUUUUUUUUCCCUGCUUUCUUCACUCUGACUUGGGAAAAAAGAAGAAACGUAUGGCAAAAGGCAGAAUAGCCUUUGAACUUUGUGCAACCCAAGUAUUGAACUUUAAGGUGGAUUCAUUGCCGCCAGAGUAACUAGGGCCUCUGCCCCAGGAUCACUCACUUUCCUCCUAUUGACUCUUUAAGACAGGAGCGAGGUGGCCCGGACCCCACUUCACAGCCUAAAAGAGUGAUCUUUCUCAGAAGCAUUGGUGAUGGCUGGAGCUGAAGAUGGAGCCCUCACUCAGCAGUUAGCGCUUUUACAAACUGCCCUCAUUCCCCUCCUGAUUAAAGGUGGGUCUGCCAAGCUGCCCACCUCCCCCCUGUAGUGGACUCCCCAGCCCCUCACCUCCCAGCAUCCCUGGAACAUUUGAUGCUGAUGUGACUCAUGUCUCUCCAGUCCCCUCAACUCCACUUGCUGGUCAGGUGUAUGCCUGGGAAAGGGACAUGUUGGCCACCAGCAAGCCUGCUGUGGCCUUUCAUCAGAUCACCUCUUCCUGUCAGCGACCCUCACCUGUUUCUACACACCUCUUUCCAGCCACUGGCAACAGUUAACAUUGUACUAAGCUACAUUUUUACAAAUUUAACCCAACAGAACUUGAAUUCUAACCUGCUUUUGGAAUUACCCUUCAUCUACAAAUAAGUCUAAAUGUAUUUACAUUAUGAUAUUAAAGGACUUUUCUAAUGACUGGAAGGCAUUGAACCAAAAUAUUGUUCUAAAAAAUGUAGAAGGGUUGGGUAAAAUGUGACAUCCCAAGCCAUAUUUUUCCCUUCAGGUAAGCAAGCUACAUCUGCCAACUGCCACCCAUGCUUUAUGUCUCAGUUACUAGAUAUGGCCGGCUCCCAUGCCUAGACCUUUUGGGGGUAGCCACAAUGACACAUGCCAUCUUCCUGGCAGCCCUGGCUGGCUUGCUGACCCAGUUAGAAUACAGCUCUCUUGGCUAGUGCUUUGGAGUAGAAUCUGGUAUCUUCAUCCAGCAUGGGACUGAGAUGGACUCUUGAGUGGCCAUACCUCUUCCAAGGAAACUGGACCAGUGUUGUUUACAGAAACAGAAAAGAGUCCACGCUGGGAGGUGAUGUGGGUGUGGGGUGGAGAAAAGCACUGUCUCGUAGUCAUAUGCUGCACCUGUAGAAGGAGAGGCCUCAGUUUCAGUCCUAGGCCCAUGUGUCACACUUUUCUCAACUCAGUAGCUUUUACACUCAUAGAAAAUACUGACGUCACCCCUUUCGUAUCUGGGUUAUUCAAAGAGCCCCCACUCAUUCUGGGUUUCUGCUGACUAUGCACAACAUCUCAGAGGAUGGCAUACAAAACUAUUUUUCUAACCUUAGCACAGGUAACUUGGGGUGAGGAAGCUCGGAAUACACCCAGAGCAGAUGACAAGGUGGGGCGCCUUGAGGGGUAAGAGGGAAACUAUGCACUUGAAUUUCUUUCACCAGUGGACAGCUUGUGCCAGAAAGAGCACACAUCGAAGAUUUAAGAAGCAAAAUUGCUCGUUAGCUUAAUUCAGGACUCACUGUAGGGGGUUACCCUGUCAAGAACACAGACACCUGCAAAUACAACGUGAGCUGAUUUCUUGACAAUCAGAUCUGUCAACCCCUGGAAAUGGGCAGCACAAUUCCUAGGUCCACAUGGUUGAUGUAAGUAUAAUUAAGUAGUGAAAUUGUCUGGCAUGUACCUCGAUGCCAAUAGUGUACACCUGUAUGUGUGGAAUUUGCUAAUAUCGUUUCAAUAAAAACCUAUUGGAAAAAGC